UAAUAUCUUCGGAGCUAUAAUUAGGAAAUUUCACUGCGAAAUUCGAAACCCGAACCAAUUGAAAAUGGAGAAUCCAUUCCGGAUUCCUUCAUUGGGUUUUCCUUCGGAAAUCACACUCAGAAUCUGAAAGAAAGCUUGAAGAAGAAGAAAACAGAGCACCAAUAAGGGAAUGACGGAGCCAUGGGAGACCUAUUUGCUUGGCUCUUCAACUUAUUCAUCCUUAUAUUUCUUCUCCUCAUUCUUGGCUAUCAGAACAUAUGCUUGGUGGAUUUGGAAUCGGACUAUAUCAACCUCUUCGAUUCGACGUCUCGGAUAAACAGAGUUGUGUUGCUUGAAUUUGUUGCUCAGGCGGUUUUCUGCUUUGUCCAUCUUCUAGCACGGCAUUGGUUCAUGUUUUUGGUGUCUCUUCCUUGCCUAUGCUUUAAUAUCAGACUGUAUGUCAGGAAAGAACACCUUGCAGAUGUGACCGAGAUCUAUAACCAGAUUGGCUGGGAGAAAAAGCAGCGGUUUGUGAAGAUGGUUUAUUUUAUCAUACUUUCAUUCAUUUCUUUGAUCUGGAUGAUUUCGAGCGUGGGAGCUUUAGAGAAGAACUGGGAUAUAUAGUUAGUACGUUCUUAUGAGUUUUCAUAUUUUAAAAUUCUUAACUUACGACUAACACGGUGUACAUUAGUUGGUAAAGACUUGAGGUCUCUUGGUCAUACUGACUUAGAGGUCUCGAGUUCUCGAACCUUCUGAUCAGCUUAGUACAAAAAAUCCUUGAUGUCUCCAGGAUCCCGACCUUGGGGUGGGCGUGGGUGCCCCUGAGAAUAGCAGAGCGAAGCUCCGACUUUUAAUUAUGAGAGAUACUUUUUAUGGACACAAAUAAGAAUACUUAUGAAGUUGGUUUGAAUCCCCUUCUUUUUGGUCAUUACUUUGAUUCUAAAAGGUUUGUGUUUAUAAGAUCAAACGAUCUUAGAGUGUAAAAGAGUGUUUCUUCGCGUUUGAGAGCGGGUUGGAAUUUAAAAGUAAAAGAGUGACAAAUACUAUUUUGGUUACUGUACUAUGACAUUUGUUCUAGUUUACUCUAUAUUUUUAAA